AUGUCUUUGAAGUAUGCAAUUACAUGCCCUGGUCAAGGUUUCAUAAAAAAUGGUCUACUACAGUCAAUUAUUAAAUAUAAACCAUUGUAUCAGAGUUAUUUAGAUGAUAUUGAUUCCAUAUUGGGUGAAAAUUUCUCAGCAAAUUUGUUUAAACAACAAUCAGAACAAGAUGUGAUCAAUUGGUUAAAUAAGACUUCAAAUGCUCAACCAGCAAUACUAUCAUCAACUUAUAUAAUACUGAAGGUAAUUGAACAGACCAGUAACCCUCAAUUUAUCAAUAAUUCACAGUAUAUUUUAGGUCAUUCAUUAGGUGAAUAUUCAGCUUUAUUGUUAAGCGGUAUUUUGGAUUUUAAAACCGCGAUACAAUUAGUACGCUUAAGGGGUAAUUUGAUGGAACAACUUUUUGAAAAGGAUAAAAUUUAUGGAAUGACUGCAUUAUUAAUUAAACCAAAUAAUUAUGAUCAGGUUAAACUAUAUGCUGAAGAAUGUAACUUAUUAGCUAAUAUAAAUUCGUCAUUUCAAAUUGUAUUAUCGGGAGAAUUAAAGGAGAUAAAUAAAUUGGUGGAUAAUUUGAAAAGCAAGAAACUAAUACUAAAAUCAAUCAAUUUACCUGUUUCAGUCCCAUUUCAUAGUCAUUAUUUAGAAACUAUAGUACCUGAAUUAAGGCAAUUUCUCGAUGGUAAAAUAAAUAAACAAAAUAUACCAAUUAUAGCAAAUCUAACAGGUAAAGUUUCAACUAAUCAAGUAACUACUAUAAACAAUACAUUACAAGCUAAUUAUCAACCAGUUCAAUGGUUAAAAUCAAUGACAUUUCUAGAAAAUUCAAAUAUUGAUACAUUGUAUAAUUUGGGCCCUGGAAAUGUUUUACAUUUGAUUAAUAAAAGGUACAAACUUAGAUCAAUUAAUAUAGAUGAUAUAGAGAGUAUAGACGGGCUGAAAUAA